AUGGGUUUGAAAUUGUCUUUUAUAAGUGGGAGUAUGAUGAUCAAUACUCUAACUAAUGGUUCUGUAACUAUUGCGCUAGUGUGUUUGAGUUGCCCUUUGACCAUUUAUGGUAAGAGUUUCAUGAUGAAUUUGUUGUGUUUACCCUUGCACCAAAUUGAUGUUAUUGUUGGAAUAAACUGGUUGGAGUUCAACUAUGUUCAUAUCAAUUGCUACAGUAAGACUGUGAGGUUCACAGAGUUUGGUGACGGUGGAGAGCCGAUGUUUUUAUCUGCUAAGCAAGUAGAAGGACUUUUAGAAGAUGAAGCUCAAAUGUUUGCAAUAUUUUCGGCACUGCAUAUUGAACGUGAAGCUGUCAGUGUUGAGUUACAUGUUGUCUGUGAAUUUCCAGAGGUGUUUCUAGAUGACAUCAGUGAUUUACCUCUAGAGCAUGAGGUGGAGUUUGCUAUAUAA